AUGGAUGAAUUAGUCAAAACUCGCUCUUACAGCUGCUACAAAUGUCGAAGACAUGUCUCAUUUCACGAUGAUAUCAUCUCUACCAACUUCCAGUCAAAGAAAGGCAAGGCUUUCCUUUUUGCUCAUGUGAGAAAUGUUGUUGUUGGAACCUAUGAACAAAAACGUCUCACAACUGGUCUCCACACAAUUGCUGACAUACACUGUGUGGAUUGCGACGAGGUAUUGGGCUGGAAGUAUGAAAGAACUGUUGAGCCAUCGCAAAAGUACAAGGAAGGGAAAUUCGUACUCGAGCUAUGCAAAAUUGUUAAAGACAAUUGGUAACUCAUAACCAGUCUUUUUUAUUUUAUAUGCUAGUACUUUGAUGCAAGUAUUUUUUCCCUGUCUCUGAGGUUUCACCCUACCUAACUUUCCAUCAGAAUUAUGAACCAUCCGUAUUGCCACUUUCAUUUCACGUUAUAACAUCUUUUGUUCCUCAUAAUUAACUGAUUUUGUUACUUUUGUUUUAUAAAUUCUCUGUAUUCGUGAUUAUCU